GGCCGAGCCGAGCCGAGCCGAGCCGAGGGGCUGAGGAUCCUCAGUCUCGGCUCUGGCUCCCGGCCCUGUCCCCUGUCCUGGUCUCGGUCCGGGGCGGGAGGCGGGGCCGCCACCAUGGCCUGCCCGGCCCGGCUCCGUUCACGCCCUCCUUCCCUCCCCGCAGGCCAUGCAGCGGCCCGGGCUGUUCGGGCGGCUCAGGGCCGCGGUCGUCGGGAUGGUGCACGUGGGAGCGCUUCCAGGUAAGCGGCGGGCGGGGGGCACGGCCGGCGGGACCCGGACCCGGACCAGGACGAGGUCUGUGUCGCCGGUGUCACCCCUCAGCCGGCUGCGGUCCCCUGGGGGGCUGUCCCCUCACCGCCACCACGGGCCCCUCGUGAGGCGCCGUCAGUUUGGGCGCUCCCCGUUUCAGAGGUAAAAAAGGCGGGAAAGUUCCGCACAGGGAGCCGGGCUGAGCAAACGAGGAUUUGGGCUCGGUGCGCUCUGUGUUUCCAGCAGCGAGGGUCAGGGAGUUGCACGGAUGGGCGGUAGGGUGGGACGGAGGUUGGGUAGAGCUCACCCAUGCCCUUGGAGGCAGCGGGAAGCUCGGACAACAGGCGGAAUCUGUUCCAGCCUGGCCUCCUCGUCCUUUCCAGGGGCUCGGGGUGGGCAGGGCUGCUCAGGACCGGCACCUUGCCCUCGGCAGGCUGGUGCCCGGAGCUCAGGGUGCUCCAGAAGCAGCUCCAGGCAGUAGGGCCAGCUCACCCUGAGCUGGGAAAUCUGGCCAGGUAACAGAGCUGGGACAGAGCGCAGCACAGUGCCCAUGUCAGACUGCCACUGCCUGACCUUAGGGACCCAAAUGUCAGAAGAGACUUUGGUCUUAAGGCAAAUUCAUUGAACUCAGCAAAAUCCAUAUGUUUGUAUUUCUGCCAUGAAGAUCAGAGACAAUCACCAGCAGAUUAAGGAUAGCUUUAACUGGUUUUAAACUCACUGUUGUUUAGCAUAGGUGUUCUAUGCUGACACAGAGGUCAGUCUUGCCUAUAGGUUGUAUUGUCUGGAGCAUCACUAAUGCAGGAUAAAUUACACGUAUGUGAAUAGCAAACUAGAAGCAGACCUAGUGCAACAGGGGAUUAUAUAUAUUAUAAAUCUAAUCCUCAAGUUUGUGGAUUAGAUUUAGGAGCUGAAUGGUUACAGCAGCUCUGCCAAGCUUAGCUAAGGAAAGAGAUGUCACUAAGACAUGUCACAAGGAGAUAGGGCAGCCUUUGAACAAAUUUGCCCUGUAUGUCCCUGUUUCAGUGUGCAGUCCCCAUGGAUGUCCUGGCUAAAGCUGUUACUGUCCAUGGGUUUGGUUUGUGCAUGCCCUGAGGUAAGCAGCAUUGUUCUUGCUUGCAGGGACACCAAGAAGUUCUCUUCCAUUGACCCAGAUCAUUGAUCAAGCUUGUCAAGAGGCAGAAGUUUAUAAGGAUGCUGGAAUUCUGUAUUACAGGAAAAUAAAAUAGCAGACAGACUGCCCACAGCUACCUCCUCUGGCAUGUGCAGGAGAACAUGAGAUAGCAGCUUACUUCUGUUAAGGCAGCAAUCUGCUCUGGAGGAUGGGUUGAUCCUGGAGAACAUGCACGACGUGCCGUACACGGUGAGCCCGGGCCCGGAGGUCACCGCAGCCAUGGCCGUGAUCGGUGCUGCUGUGAGACAGAGCUGUCCCCACGUCCCUCUGGGUGUGCAGGUGCUCUGUGCUGCCAACCAGCAGGCAAUAGCCAUUGCUCUGGCUGCAGGUCUUGAUUUUAUCCGGGCUGAAGGGUUUGUGUUUUCUCACGUGGCUGAUGAAGGGAUUAUCAAUGCCUGUGCAGGUGACCUGCUACGAUACAGAAAACACAUUGGAGCAGACAACAUUCAGAUUUUUGCUGAUAUUAAAAAGAAGCAUAGUGCUCACGCCCUGACGGCCGAUGUCAGCGUGGCGCAGACGGCGAGCGCGGCCCAGCUGUUCCUGGCCGACGGCGUGGUGCUCACUGGCACGGCCACCGGGCACCCCACGGACCCCCAGCAGCUGCAAGAGGUGAAGCAUGCUGUGAAGAUUCCUGUGCUGGUUGGGUCUGGAGUGACUCUGGAGAAUGUGAGGAAUUACUUGGACGCAGAUGCUCUAAUAAUUGGUUCAUAUUUCAAGAAAGGAGGAUAUUGGGCAAAUGCUGUUGAUCCUGACAGAGUCAAGAAAUUCAUGGAACACAUAAGUAAACUGAGGGAAUGAGUUUGUCAGCAAACACUGUUUGUUUGUGUGUGUUUGUAGAAAUGCAGUGUGGUAAGUCCUACAGAAUUAAAGCACAAAUGUGUGGCUGAAUGGCAAAUAAUACCAAAUAAAAAUGCACAUCAUCUCCAUGACUAGCUGGAAGCUUGGUGACACUGCACAAUAACCUGCUGCUCUGAUGUUUGCUUCUAGGCAGCACAUUGCUCUGGUGCUCAAAGCCAACUCUGAAAUCUUGUGUGAGAUAUUCUCUCCUGUAAGGUAAAUGCUUACGGAGUUUAAGAAUUUUUAGAAAAUGUUCAUCACAGGUGAGCUGAGUUCUGUUUUGCCUUUAAGUACAGUAGGAUGCCCUAAGUUUACAGCUAAAAGUGUUGUAAAUUGGACAAGUUAAUUAGCCUUUCAGUUUCCCCAUCUGUAAAAUGAUGAUAAUAGCACCUACAUCACACAGGGGCCAUAAGACAUAAUGAAGGAAAGAAUGUACAGCACUUUCAUCUCUCUAAAUGAAGGGCUCUUUUAAAGUUCAAGAUCAUUAUUUUUUCAUUAGAAUUGUGCAUUUAUACAAUUGCUACAUUUUUGUAAUACCACACAAAAAUUUAAGAUAAUUGGAGUAUUGAUUUACUUACAAUACUUAUUAGAGAAUAAAUGUAAAUAUUUAAUUACAUUUAAAUAGAUUUGGAAGGUAGUCAAAAUGCUUUUGCAAAAACUGGAAAUUUUAAUAAAGGUUUAUUUUUUUCAGCAAGCACCUGCAGCUUUGCACCUUUCUAGAAUAGUCAUAGUGAUGUAAAAAACUUUGUUGGAAUACACAAGGUAUAAUUACAAUAGAAACCUUUCUGCCAAAGCCACAGGUAAACAUAGAUUUUUAUUUUUUAUGUAAAAUGUAGAGGAAAAAUAUUACAGUCUCACUGUGUAUGUUGUAAGAGAAUCCCCUUGAAUUUGAUCCUUUAGCUCUAAGGAAUCUUAGAAGAACCCAAGGAAUACCUGUUAUGUCAUGGCUGCACAAAAUGAAUGCAGGGCAUUUAUUUCCAUUCCUUGGGACUGGGAGCUCAGUUUGUCCUCUGGGAUCUCUCUUUUUCCUUGGCAUGUACACAUCAGGCUUGUGCUGAUGCCAAAGAAAGUGAAAUUGUGGAUAUCAAAGCAAAUACACAACCAUGGGUUUUGUGGCAGCUGGCAGAGCACCCAUGCUCCUCUGAACAAGAUGCAUCCUCCUUCCAAAGACAAGAAGAUUUUCAAGAUACUUGGUUUUGUUAACAUAAUGGCGAUUUCAGAACAUCACAGUAUGAGACUGUCUUCUCAGGUUUCUUUUUUCUGCACUGGUCUGUUUCCCACAUGACUCCCACCAAAAGCCAUGAAAUUUCUUUGGUAUAUUGCCCUGCUGGAAAAGAUGUUCUUUAGGUCCUGUGGCAACCAUGGCUUUUUCCCUUUUUCUUCUAAAUGUACUGACACAGCUUCAAUGCACAGAAAUCCUUUUUUGUGGCUGGCACUGCUUUGUCAGAGUUCACAUUCACGCAGGCACUUUAAACCUGUGUCAUGGUGCUUCCCUCAAACCAACAGUUGUGUCCCAACCCCAUCCCUGUGGCCUUACAGGACUUAGGAUUCUGGCUGGAACCUAACCCAGCUUGUACCAGCCACACUCAGGGGCUGGGGAAAGAAGAAUUGAUGUUAAUCUUCUUCAGUCCUUGCAUCUGCAGCUCACCAGGCUCUUGGUAGAGGGAGUUAAGGAUCAUGAAGAUGCUUUUUGAAUUUUUAUUCCACACAGCCACAGCAUCUUUGCCAGGUAAAGCAAUGAUCUGGUUUAGUCUUAAAAUUCCUAGCCUGAGUAAUAAAUGUUAUGUCCUGUGUAUUGUAAAAAAUACCAUAUUAAAUUAAAAUAAAUUCA